CCUCCCUGGUAUUCCAACACGGUUGUCCGUCAUAUCACGUUUGGCAUCAUCAUCGGAUUUACUUUGUCUGUAACGUCCACGUCCAUAUCAUCAUACUGGCGCUGCCGACGACGUCAAAGCCUUUCGCAGGAGCAACAUGAGUCUCAGCCAAUUCAUUUGAGAAGCAAUGAAGUCGUGUAUGGUGUCACUGGAUUGAUAGGAAAUACGCCUUUGAUGAGGAUCAACUCAUUGAGUGAUGCUUUGGGAGUCGGGAUUCUUGGAAAGGCAGAGGACCGAGUUGUUCUGCGCAUAAUCGAGGACGCGGAACGACAAGCGAUUAUCAUGCCGGAUGAUGUGGCCCAAGAGAAGGUUAAUGCAUUACAGGCUCUUGGAGCUGAUGUCAAGCGCGUUCGUCCUGCUAGCAUCUAUGUGAAUAUCGCAAGACAAGCAGCCAUCGAAUUCGGACGUUCAGAUAUAGUAAAAGGCUUGGAGGAUGCCCAUGAAAACCAUGAGCUCCAUACAGGUUCUGCAUCUCUAGUGGUGACGAGUACAUCGACGCACGUUAAUGCAGAAGGCACCAGUGAUGACCCAUUGAAUGAAGAUCUGCUAAAGAAGCCAAGGGGCUUCUUUGUCGAAGGUGCUUGCCCUGAUAAAUUUAUGAAUUGCAGCAAUUUUGAAGCCCAUUACGACGGGACCGGUCCAGAAAUUUGGCGUCAAACUAAUAGUCAUGUUGAUGCAUUUGUAUCUGGAGCAGGGACGGGCGGAACGAUCGCAGGCAUUGGACGAUUUCUCAAAUUGAUGGACGAGGAGGUGCAGGUCGUCCUAGCGGACCCAGAGGGCAGCGGGAUUUAUAAUAAGGUCAAGCAUGGCGUAUUAUGCGAUUCUGGCAACAGACAUUAUUCCAAGGUGAGUGCAUGGUAUCCGGGAAGACAAAAUACUCCCUAACGCGUUUGUGCCUGGGCCGUUAUCAGUUCUGUAAUGACGAUCACUUGCGUAAAGCUAAUAUCCCGGUUGACCGCAGUAUAAUUGACGAUCUACGCUCAACCUGGUUCUGGAG